AUGGAGGCCGGGGGCGCCCAUUCGAGGCGGACCUCUUUGGCGCUGACGGAGGCUGCUUUGAGGUUGGUCACCUGCGAGGGGACUGAAGGAGAAGAAAAUGCGAUUGGAGGAGGAGGGUCUCAGUCCUGGGCUCUGUCAUGCCUCCGGAACGAGGCGCCACGAGUGCUCGAGUCCGCGCUUUUGGCUCGUCGGUGUGGACGCAAUGACGCCCAACAUGAAUGCCUUAAGCAGGGCCCUAUUCCGAGUGAGUUGGUUGCCAGACGACCAGUGGACCGUGAACACGACCUGCUUCAUCCAACCACACCAGACGACAAAAGCUCAUGA